AUGCAAGCUCAUUCAGAAAAUCACGAUGUCAAGCUGGAUACGUUGAGUGAACCUAAUGCACACUUAAUCGAGGAAAACGUGGCUCUCCCCGAAGACAUCUUCAAUUCCUACUGGAGCUAUUUGCUUUACGAAGUGUUUCAUUAUAAGCGUCUAACGUUUCUGUUUCUGGCAAUCGGGAUUUUAGUCUUUUUGAUUAUAUUUUCUCAUAACCUUGCCUGCGUUUUGGUUUCUGUACUGUUGCUUAUUGCAUGUUUCAUCAUCGGUUUACAAAUUGCUACGUCUGGAGGUUUCUUUGAGCCCAUCAGUCAUCAGGAUUUCAUUUUAGAAUUGUUGGUAGAAGUUAUCGCACGCAAGCCAGCUGGAAAGGGAUGGAGGACUAUUGCAUAUAAUAUGAACCAAUAUCUGUUCAAUGAACGACUAUGGAAUACUCCGUACUACUUCUAUUCUGGUCGGGUAUGCCAUGAUUUCUUCAGAACGGCCGUCAAGAGAGUUCAGAAGGUCAAAGACCCGAUUUUGAAUCCGCACGCUUUAAAGGCUAUGAAGGCAGAAGAGGAGGCUCAACGUGAGUACUACAAAAGACAGUUUCCAGACGCUGAUUUACCCUGA